CUACGGAUUUGCUGGGGUGAGUCGGGUGAAAAGAGUGAUUUAUCUUCUAGUUGCUCAGAAGCUGAUCGCUUCAGUGGUAUUCAAAUGAAUACUUUGAAGAAACCAACUAUUAUUAAUAGUAAUUCAGCAAAGGCAGAGCUAUCUCUAUUGGAUCUAUAUUCAGGUUGUGGGGGGAUGUCAACUGGUCUUUGUCUCGGAGCUAAGGCUGCUGGUAUAAAGCUUGUGACGAAAUGGUCGGUUGAUCUUGAUGAAGCUGCAUGCCAAAGUCUAAAGUUAAAUCAUCCAGAAGUUCAGGUUAGAAAUGAGAAGGUGGAUGAUUUUCUUGAGCUAUUGAAGGAAUGGAGUAACCUUUGCAGCCAAUAUGCUAGUAGUGCUGGUAAAAGUUGCAAGAUGAAUUCAAUGAGCACCAGAUUGAAUGAAUCCCAUCUCAAAACAUGCAAUGAGAGCUCUUCCAAAGAAUAUGAAGUGUUGAAACUUAUGGAUAUCUGUUACGGUGACCCUACAGAAUCCGGAAAGCAUGGAUUGAAAUUUAAGGUUCGCUGGAAGGGUUAUGAUUCUAGUGAAGACACGUGGGAGCCACUUGAAAAUUUGAGCAACUGCAAAGACCGAAUUAAAGAUUUUGUAAGAGAAGGAAUCUCGUCAAAGUUACUGCCACUCCCUGGAGAUGUAGAUUUUAUUUGUGGAGGUCCACCAUGUCAAGGUAUUAGUGGAUUGAAUCGUUUUAGAAAUGCUGAUGCGCCAUUAGAUGAUGAAAGAAAUCGCCAAAUUGUUGUCUUCAUGGAUACUGUGCAAUUUUUGAAGCCUAAAUAUGUUUUGAUGGAAAAUGUUGUUGAUAUAUUGAAGUUUGCCAAGGCUACACUUGGGCGGUAUGCUUUAAGUCGUUUGAUUGAGAUGAAUUACCAAGCCAGAUUAGGCAUUAUGGCUGCUAGUUGCUAUGGUCUUCCCCAAUUUCGCUUGCGUGUCUUUUUAUGGGGUUGUCAUCCUAAUGAGAAAUUGCCGCAGUUCCCACUUCCUAAUCACGAAACCAUUUUGAAGCAUGGCUCUUCCGUUGAAUUUGAGCGUAACCUUGUUGGAUAUGAUGAAGGCCAACCACGAACUUUGGAAAAAGCACUUGCUCUUGAGGAUAUUUUGUCUGAUCUUCCACCAGUCAGCAACACUGAAGAUCGUGAGGAAAUGCCAUAUAUGAAGGAUCCUCAAACAGAUUUUCAGAGAUUUAUUCGUAGGCCGAGAUUUGAGGAUUCGGGAUCAGUAACCAGUACUAGUUCUAUACUAUAUGACCAUCGGCCUCUACCGUUGGGGGAGGAUGACUACUUGCGCGUGUGUCAAAUUCCACAUAGAAAGGGAGCAAACUUCAAAGAUCUUCCAGGUGUUAUUAUUGGUGCUGACAAAAAAGCACGACUUGACCCAUCCAUGGAGCGAAUACUACUUCCAUCUGGGAGACCACUAGUACCAAAUUAUUCUAUCAAUUACUGGAACGCAAAGGCACUAAGAUCUUUUGCUCGAUUGUGGUGGGAUGAAGUGGUAUCAACUGUGCUGACUUUUCCUGAUACCCAUUUCCAGGCUGUUCUACAUCCUGAGCAAGACAGACUAUUAACUAUUCGAGAGACUGCAAGGUUGCAAGGGUUUCCGGAUUAUUAUAGAUUUUGCGGGACAAUUAGGGAGCGGUACCGCCAGCUUGGCAAUGCUGUAGCUGUUCCUGUUGCUCGAGUAUUGGGCUAUGCUUUGGGUUUGGCGUGCAUGAGGCAGAGUGGAGAUGGGCCACUCAUGACGCUACCACCAAAGUUUGCCUUUUCUGACACAGUAGAGCAGCCUUCAAGCUCUUCUGGAAUUCAAGAAGGAUCCUCUUAAACUCACAUCUCAUUCUUUAAAGCUUAUUCACAAUUCAAUAUUAUUUAGCGGGUAAAUUCUUGUAUUGACCAGGGAUCAAUCUUCUUCUAAUCUAGUCUGAUAAAAGAAAGCUAUCAAUACUUUUCCUUUUGUUUUCCCACUCCUUGCUUGAUUCUCUAGGCCACAGAAUUUGUAUUCAAAGAACUCUGCAUCGAGCUUUCCUGCUGCUUCUUGUCCAUUGUUCCAUUCUUCAAUUCUCCUUCAAUAAACCGCCAAGAUGAGUUUCUUGGUUCUCUUCUCUGGAAUCUGUCAUGGCAGCAUAACUUUAGCAUUCAACUAUUCAAAAUUUUAUCUAUGAUUAUCUGCAGAACGAUCAGUGGUUCGUACUUUAUCAUUCUAAAUCCAUCUAUUAUUUGGACUGGAUUUUAUUGUCACUGCGCAGUGAGUUUAUUCAAGUGGCAGAUUCAGAGGGGUUUGUAUUGUGUUAGUUUCAAAAGCUGUUUAGAGAAGGAAAAUUUCCCUUUCAGCUAAGUUAUAGUUCUCGUUUAGCGACGAGUUUUAAAUUCUUAAGACUUGUGGGUUGUAUAUAUGAUUGAUUGUGAUUUAAUAAUAAAGAUUGAUG